UGGUAUCCCUUCUCUCCAUCUCUUUGCUCACACCUAUUAUCCAAACAGUAGAGACUACUCAUCAAAGUCAACUUAUUCCUAUAUACAUCAUCCCCAAUUUUCUCUUCAUUCAUAAUUCAUCUCCACAUUCUUCAUUCUCCAUUAAUUUCACGGUUUCAUCUCGACAUCUCAUCAUCUGUUUUAAGUUGCUAGCUGAGGAGGAGGAGCAGGUGCCAGCAAUGGCGUCGUCAAAGCCAAUCCUGUACGGUGCCUGGAUCAGCUCCUGCUCUCACCGAAUCCGGAUCGUUCUCAAUCUCAAAGGUGUGGAUUAUGAGUACAAGUCAGUCAAUCCUCGAACAGAUCCAGACUAUGAGAAAAUCAAUCCAAUUAAGUACAUACCAGCAUUAGUAGAUGGAGACCUAGUUGUUUCUGACUCUCUCGCCAUUGCAUUGUAUCUUGAAGAUAAAUACCCUCAACAUGCUCUCCUACCUAAGGAUCUCAAAAAGAAAGCUCUUAAUCUUCAGAUUGCAAACAUAGUUUGUUCAAGCAUCCAACCUCUCCAAGGUUAUGCUGUAAUUGGUUUGCAUGAGGGUAAGCUAAGCCCCGAUGAGAGUCUUCAGAUAGUUCAGCAUUAUAUUGAUAAGGGCUUCAAAGCAAUCGAAAAGCUUUUAGAAGGAUCCAACUUUAAAUAUGCUACUGGGGACGAAGUUCAAUUGGGGGAUGUGUUUCUAGCACCACAGAUCCAUGCUGGCAUAAAUCGCUUCCAAAUUGAUAUCACAAAGUACCCAAAUUUGGCAAGACUCCAUGACACAUACAUGGAAAUUCCUGCAUUUCAGGCAGCACUUCCAAAGAAUCAGCCAGAUGCACCUUCAUGCUAAAAUCAAGAUUGCAAACAAGCUGCCAUAUCCAAAGGUGCAAGACCUGCUUGCCCUUGUAUAAGAGGGUCAGUGUUUGAGAAUGUGGCUCUCCACCAACCAUGUCAUAUUGUCAUUUUGCAUGAAUGUCUAAGUUUGUUAGUUCUAAAAACAGCAGAAAUGUGUUAACAGAUGUUUUGAAUGUAUGUAACUGGGGUUCCACAAAUCAAAUAUAAGCAGCUCAACUCAAGUGCUCAGUCACACUUUGGUAAUAAAUACGGAAUUUGUCAUCAAA